AUGGCUGGAGAUGUGCCUCUGGUGCACGGGAGAAUCAAUCUCCUACAUCUUGGGCUUGAGGUGUUUCUUUUCCUUUCUGGAUUAUCCCUGGUUGAACAUUCCCAAUAUCAGGACCCAGCAGAAGUUGUGAUUCCCUUGAGCUUAACUGGAGCUGGCAGACCUAUGAGGGCUCCAGGCGGGAUCUCCUACAACCUAAACUUUGGGGGCCAGAGUCACAUCUUGCACAUAAAGGCCAAGAAGCUGUUGAUGUCCAGACACUUGUCUGUGUUCACAUACACAGACUAGGGCACUGUCCUUGAAGAUCACCCUUUUGUCCAGAAUGAUUGCUACUAUGAUGGCUAUGUGGAAGGGGACCCAGAAUCUCUUGUUUCCCUCAGUACAUGUCUUGGGGGCUUUCAUGGAAUGCUACAGAUAAAGGACAUUACUUAUGAAAUCAAGCCCAGAAGUCUUUCUAAUACACUUGAACACCUGGUAUAUAAGGUAGGCAGUGAGGAGGCACGAUCCGAAAUCCUGAGAUGUGGCUUAACAGAAGUGGAAACUGCAAGAAAAUUGAAGUUUCACAAUGGGGAAAAUUCCACUCUGAAGCGAAGCAUUGAGAAUACCUGGUGGACCCACAAGUGGUUUAUUGAAUUGGCAGUGGUGGUAGACUAUAAUCUAUGCCUUCACUGCAACAGUAAUUUCUCAAAAGUACAAGAGACUGUUUUUGAUAUUAUCCAUAGAGUUGAUUCAAUUUAUAGUCAACUGGGUGUUGAAAUCACUUUAUUAGCACUUGAAAUCUGGAAUGAAGAAAACCCAUUUCCACUUAUUAACUCAUCAAAGAUGUUAACUGACUUUUGCAAAUGGAAGGAAAUUAGUUUUAAUUCUCGUGUGCACCAUGAUGUUGUAGAUAUUUUUACAAAGAAAGGAUUAGGUCAAGCUGUUGGCUAUUCUUUUAUUGAUGGAGCAUGUAUACUGUCAUAUAAUUGUGUAGUUUCAAGCUUCACUAUUCAUGAUUUGAACUUUUUUGCAACUGUUGCAUCACAUGAUGUUGGUCACUCUUUGGAUUUAGUGAAAGAUGGUGCAUGGUGUACAUGUGGGAGAGGAAGAUGUAUAAUGUCUACAACAGGAAUAACUACAACUAAAUUCAGUAAGUGCACUUAUGCUCAUUUUGGGAGAGUGAUUACAAAAAAGGCAUGUUUGCUCAACAUACCAAAUCCUGGGGGAAUAUUUACCUGGAAGCGCUGUGGGAAUAGAGUAGUUGAAGAAGGAGAAGAGUGUGAUUGUGGAUCCUUAGAUAACUGUAAAGAAGAUCCCUGUUGUCAGUCAAAUUGCACUCUGAGACUGGGGGCUUCUUGUGCUUUUGGGCUUUGCUGUAAAGAUUGCAAGAUCAUGCCAUCAGGACAAAUGUGUAGGAAACAGGUCAAUGAAUGUGAUCUUCCAGAGUGGUGCAAUGGAACAUCCCAUCAGUGUCCAGAAGAUGUAUACAUGCAGGAUGGAAUCCUAUGCACAGGAGGGGGGUACUGCUAUGAAAAAGACAAUAUCCAUGAUGAACAGUGUAGGCAGAUUUUCGGGAAAGAUGCAAAGAGUGCAAAUAAGAUAUGCUACAAAGAAUUGAACACAGGAGUUGAUCAGUUUGGUCACUGUGGUAAGAAUAUGUCUACAUAUGUAAAAUGUAGUAUUUCUGAUAGUCUGUGUGGGAGAGUUCAGUGUGAGAACGUGAAAGCAGUUCCUCUUCUGAGAGAGCAUUCUAUCGUACAGGUGACUUACCUCAAUGGUGUCACCUGCUGGGGUAUAGACUAUUCUUUUGGGAUGAAUGUACAUGAUGUCAGUGAAGUGAAAGAUGGCACAGAGUGUGGUCCAAAUCAUAUCUGCAUCAACAAGAAGUGUGUCAGUAUAUCUGUUCUGAAAAAUUAUUGUUCACCUAAUACAUGCAGAAACAGAGGAUUCUGCAACAAUAAAGGUCAUUGCCAUUGCAAUUAUGACUGGGCCCCACCAUACUGCCUGAUUAAAGGUCGUGGAGGUAAUCUUGACAGUGGACCACCCAUUGACAGACAAGAAGAAAAAAUAGAGAACAUAGCAAAUCUCUUGUCACUAUUUUUGCUGUUUCCUCUAUUAAAUGAGUAUUAUUACUAUCAGAGAAGUAUUGCUGGAAAAUAUGACAGAAUGGAAAACUGUCUGACUGCAUCCUCAGACAAAAAGGAAGAUGGCACUCUUAAUUUUUACUAA